GCCAAGUAGGAGGAAGCGGUUACAGUUGCCUGACAGCUUCUAGGAACCUGGGUCGAAACCUUUCAGCACUUUCUUCAUUGCUGCUCACCUUAUCACCGAAGAAGACACUGCUCGGUGAAAAUUGUCACUGUCAAAUAUAUCGGUAAACCAACGUACGUGCAGACCAGGCGACACUUGUAUGUGAUAGUUUCUACUAAUAUCUGUGAAGGGCCCGGGGACUUAACGGGUAAACGACGGAGGGAUGGAGACGCAGAUCCAUGUGCCUGUCGGCUCGCCGGUUAUACGAAGAAUUCCCAUUUUUGUAGACGAGCACGACGUGACGGAAGGGGCAAUGAAGCUCAUUAAAGAGCUGCGACCGGCGUGGGACAAGGACCAUGUCAAGACCAAGUUCUUCACCGACGGUACAACCAACAAACUGGUGGGCUGCUAUAUGGAGGACAGCCCAGAAGACGUGGUCCUGGUCAGAGUGUACGGGAACAAGACUGAGCUAAUUGUUGACCGAGACAACGAGCUUAAAAGCUUUCAGGUGCUGCAUGCAAAUGGUUGUGCUCCUCGUCUGUACUGCACCUUUCAAAAUGGCAUCUGUUACGAAUUCAUGCAGGGGGAUGCUCUCGGGACACAGGACGUCAGGGAUCCUGCUUUGCUCAGACUGAUAGCCAAAGAGAUGGCUCGUAUCCACGCAAUCCAUGCACACAAUGGAUGCAUCCCUAAACCCAACCUCUGGAUUAAAAUGAGAAAAUACUUCUCACUUGUGGCCACAGAGUUCACAGACCAAGCCUCCAACAUCAGAAUCCAGAAGGAAGUACCUAGCAAGGCGGUGCUGGAGCAGGAGAUGGUGUGGAUGAAAGAGCAUCUGUCCACGCUGGGUUCGCCUGUGGUGCUCUGCCACAAUGAUCUGCUCUGCAAGAACAUCAUUCACAACAGCAAAGAGGCUCAUGUUCGCUUUAUAGACUACGAAUACUCCAGUUACAACUACCAGGCGUUUGACAUUGGCAACCACUUCAAUGAAUUUGCAGGCAUGGCAGAGCUGGACUAUGGGCUGUAUCCAAGUCGGGAGAUGCAAAUGGGCUGGCUGAAAUUCUACCUGCAAGCAUACAAACUUUUCACCAAGAAAACCGAGGAGGUCAGCGUCCAAGAGCUGGAGACUCUCUAUGUGCAGGUCAACAAGUUUGCUUUGGCUUCUCACUUCUUUUGGGGUUUCUGGGCCCUCAUUCAGGCGAAAUACUCCUCCAUUGACUUUGACUUCCUUGGGUACGCUGUGUUGCGUUUCAACCAAUACUUCAAGAUCAAGCCUGAGGUGAUGGCCUUACAGAUUCCAGAGUGACCAGACAGAAGGGCGUGCACGCUCUUCUCUUGGGGCCACAGCACAUAUUCGGACCACCACUUGUUCUACACGGCACUUUUCUCUUCAGCAAGCCUUAAAAUCUCUUCAUUCCUCCUGAGUGUAGCUCAACAUCUGUCACAAGACUAGCUCAAGAACUGUUGGAACUCCCUGAGAUGAGCGUGGAUGUUUGUGUGAGUUCUUGCUCGUGUGUGUUUGUCCUACAACACUGGAUUGUCUUGCUUCCAGGCAACUGAGCCUGAGUCUGGAGUUUGGGAGCGAUCUCGCCGGCUAUAAAGCAUCGUAAAUCGGUAGUGAGCGCCACAGGAGAAGCUCGCUUAGUCGCUUUGAUGCUAAUCCUAACAAGCACCAUCCGAAAACUGCGGAGGUAUUGUACUGUGUAGUGGAAAAGAAGCAUCUCUGUGUUCUGUAGCGUCUUCAGUGCUCAGUGCUCUAUGAAUCAGUGCCUCUCCAGCCGUUGGGAAGUAGUGAAAAAUAACAACAGAUGCUUUUUGUGCGAGAAUCUUUCAAUCAACAAUACCACGGAGUGUGUGGUGACACCGUUCCUCCUUUUAAUCGUGUCGUCCUAUCACUUCCUCUCUGGUGCUUUUCGCAGUUUUAGCUGCUACUUCUCAGUGUGUCAGCGUUCCUUUAGAAAGGCUUGCCAUGUUUGGGGAUUCUGCAGAACACAAACGCUUCCACCGCCUCGUAGCCGUCGGUGGAAGACAGUAGUGUGUGUGCUUGCGUAUUUAUUUCAGGACUAAAUGGAUUGUUCAACAUCUCAGGUUCGGUUUUGGGAUGCACUAUAUUCGAUGGGACUUACCUGACCUUCCCUACUUGACUUUUAUGCUUGCUUCGAGCUGCUUUGUUGAACUUUCCAUCUGAAGUUUCCAGACCUCAUGGAAAAUCACCUCACCACCUCAGCCUCACGCCUCUGUGUCCUUCUCGAAAAGGACACUUUCCAUUCUCAGACAAACCCCCAAAACAUUCCUGCUUUAUCACACGCACACGUUUUAUCAGGAAAACAAUCAAUACAAAUCACCUUGGAUUUGGACGCGAUCGCCAGGAAGACAAAGAGAAAUGCUAGAUUGCCCGGCUUAAUGCAUCUUAAAACCACAUUUAGUUAUGUUUGCUUAUUUAAUUUCAUUCCAAACCUGAAACGGUGAAAGUGAGUCACGAGGCCAGUUGAUGAUCCGAUUGGUUGAAUCUAGGGUUGCACGAUCACUUUCGGGCCGAUAUGAGGGGAGUUAUGACAUCAUACCGAUAAAUCCAACAUUAAAAAUAGCUCCGAUAACUGAUCAUUGGUGCGGUACAGCACGGGUGAGCAAAUCAAGCGCUCUUUUUUUCCUCCUGUCGUAACGUCCCCUGAGCAUACAUCCACUUUCCGACUAAGUGUGCGUGCCAGUUGUUCCAAAUGCCAAACAAACCCAUCGAACACACAAAAAACCUUAUCAGACACCUGAAACGCCAGCGCCGCAGCGUUUGAAAAGUGUAAAAGGUUUUACCUCCGUGGCGUGUAAACCUCUUCCGCUCUAUAUUCUGGUUCUCCUGACCUCUGUAGUGGCACACGGGCUGCUCGGACCAUGUGCCUGAAUACAGAGCACCUUGCUGGGCCACAGCAGGUGGCUCCCUCGGCUCGAUACUCUGGUUCCCCUGAUAGUAGUGAUGUGCUAGUAGUAAUGUCAUCAUAUCUAAUUAGAACAAAUCAACAGGUACAGUUGGUACAAAUCCAAAUUUGGUUGAGUCCUUCUUACCUUCAGGUGUGCACAAGCUGCAGUUAAAUCUAAAUUUUAAAAAGUUAUCGGUCUUGAGAAGCAGAAAGUUAUCGGUUUGGAAAAAAACAGAUACCGUGCAUCUCCAGUUGAAUCAGUGAUUUUACCUAACGGUGCAUUCACACUUGCCAUUUUUUUUCCGGGUUCACACAAAGUCUAGUCUUGUAGUUGCUCUGCUGGUGCAGUUUUUUCGGUGAAACCCAACCCCAGACCGGACCAAACAGGCUUGAUUGAGCAUGACUUGGUCUGCUGACUGAACCAACCGCACAAAAGUCACCGCCAAGCCCAAAAAAUAAAUCCAAUAAUAAAAACAAUUAAUAAAAAUAAUGAAUAAUAAUAAAAACAAAAUACAACCUGAUAAUAACGUCAAAGACCACCAAGUAUCUUUCACAUUUUUGGUCCGGGCCACAUCUAUGACAAGUGUUUAGUGUGCCUCACUUUGCAUCAGACACUUGCCCGUAAUUAAAACUGUCACUUUGUUGUUUCAUCUCAGUUUUUCUCAUCUUUUAAGGCUGCUUCAACUGUGUCACUGGUCCCAGUGCCGAAAAGUCGUAGUCUUAAUGCAAAACUUAAUGACCAAAGUUAACAUAUGUACACUAUCUAUAACUGGAGGGAAAGUCAUAUUGAAAAUGCCCUCAUGGAAUUGAUAGAGGGUUAAUCUGCUUAGUAGAUUUGCUGACAAAGAGCUAAUUAGAGAGCUUUCCGUAGACGCCAACUCUAAUACCCAAGCUGGACCAAGCCUUUGCACUAAAGAACUUCUGUUAGUCACCAGAAUGGACCUCAUUUGUUCAUUUCAGGCAUUUAUAGGAAGCGUGUGCUUCCUAUAAAGUCCUGUUUAAACAUGUGAUGUUUAAAAGUCACAAUCGCCACGCUCUCCUUCAAAAAGUAUACUCCCUGGCCGCACCAAAUAUGUUUUCUCUUCAAAACAGUUAUGUUCAAUUGUUAAAUGAGACACUGGACCGAUGGCUUCCAUGACAUGAUGAUGCGUUGUCAUGGAGAUGCCUGAAUGAGUACCUAUAUGCAAAAUUCUAACCAGUCUUGUAUAGUAAUAAUUUCAGUAGCGCUUUCUCCUAAAAAAAUAUAAAUAUAUAUAUAUUUUUUUUUUUUUAUUUGCAUUGGCAGUCAUUUAUUUUUGACUACAUAAAGAUGGUUUUGCUUUACGGGGGUUCAGGUGACAAAUUCAGUUUAAGUCAGUAACAAUACUCACAUUAGUCGCAGUCUUUUUGGAGAUUUUUAGAUGAUUUGGUAAAUUGUCUUUGUACGCACGGUGGAAUCAUACUGAAACGGUUCAUUUGGGUGCGUUGCCAUUCUUUGGAGAGUAACGUUUUGGAUGGGAUGGCUUUUAAGAAUCACUGUACAGGUAAAGGUUUUUUUUUGUUUGUGUGGGGUUUUUUUGUGGUAAAUUGGCACAGAUAGCUAUGUGCAAAAUAUACCCAUGAACUGCUUCAGGGUACGCUUAAAGAUGGAUGUAAAAUAGUGUACGAAAUACUGUGAAAAUGUUUCUGUACAGUGAUCCUUUACUGUAGGACUUGCAAAAUAUAUUUAACAAUUUACUUGGUCUGUUACUUAUUAAAAUAUGCAACAACAAAAAAAGUGCAUUUGAGUGUUUUUUUUUGUUUUUUUUUAAACAUUUGGCCCUUCACCAGUUUGAUCAUUCUUGUUAAUCUGCGGUCUGUGCCUCACCUCACAUUGAGAAGGGACACAGGUGGCAUUUUAUCAAGAUACAGCUGGCAUCAUCAGCGGAACUCUGCAUCAUGCAAGAAUCCAAUAACGAGAUGAUGGAACUGAUAUUGACUCAUCGGGUGACUUCUUGCUCAGUCAACAAUGUACCAUAUUAACCCGUCUACAGCGUACAAUACUGAUAUCGAUACAGUUAUUGCCGUAAACAGUGUUUACCUAAUCCUUGUAUCCUUUUUAGUUCUACCUUUUGUCUAUUGGUGAUGGGCCAUACCAGAUUUUUUUUUUUUAUUCGAUACUGAUGACUUUUGGGGAUUUUUUUCCCCAAAUACCGAUACUUUGUGCGAUUUUUCUCAACUUUAAUCUGUAUUUUUCAUAAUAAAUUACUUUUUUUUUUUUUUACACAAUGUAACCUAAAUAGUUAAAUUGCUACCGUCUUCAAAAAUCAUUUUUCAUAUAUUUUAAUCAAAACACAAAUUAUAUCAAGUAAAUAUCUGGUAUUUAUGAUUGAAGCUGAAGUUGAUUAAAACAUUUGCUUAUGAACAAAGUAGGUUACACAAUGUAAAAAUAGUAGUUUGUGCUUGAAAUCACAACCAGUUUAAUUUAACACUAGUUUCUCAUUAACACGUGUAGUUGUGCUAGUCAACAGUCCCCAGACCCCAUCUGUGUUCUUAACUGUGUACUUAAUGUACUUAUGUCACAAUACGUCUUCUUUGCAUCCAUUGCUUAUUAACAAAAUAGCAACCGGAAAUGGAAGUCAGCUACGUCGCCUGUCUAUGGCGUCAUCGUCGGUUGACUAAAAUAUUAGCAAAAAAACCGUUGAAAUUCUAAAUGCAUAUAAAUACCUAAUCAUGUUGAAUGAAAGGGAUAAAUUCACAUUCAAAGAUACUUUUACCGUCGUUGAAGACGUCUCCAGAGACACGAUGUGGCAGAGAGACACCACACAGACACCUUCUUCCCAGCAUUUGGACGAAGACUGUUAGAAACACUAUUGACUUUAAGAAAUAACUCAAGUUACAACAGGAAGCCGGUGUCCGUGUGGUGUCUUGCUGUCACAUCGUGUCUUUGAGACCACUCACGUCAAGAAACACGUCUUCAGUGAAGGUAAAUGUAAUCUUAAAUGUUCACUAAUCCCUUUCUUCGUCAUUUUCUAUGCAUUCAUAAUUGUUUUAUGCACUACAAAAACGUGACUUUUGUUAACGUUUUUGAGAGUCAACCACUGAUGACGCCAUAGACAGGCGACGUAGAUGACGUUCGGUUCUGGUUGCUGUUUUGUUAGCAAGCUAAGGAUGCUAACAAGAACUUUUGUGCUAAAAGUAUGCAUUGAGAACAUAGUUGGACUCACGCAGUGUAUUAAUAACACGACAAGACGCAAAUGUACGCAAACUGAGGCAAAUUUCCUAAAUUUCCCACGUUAACCGAUAAACACUCUAACCGAGAUGCCACUAGUAAUUAUCUGUACAAAGGACUGUAUGAGUUGCUGGAACCAGAAUUGCUCAAGCAUGUGUAAAGAUACCUAAUGCUUUCCCCCCCCCCUCAUCUUGCAGUAUUGGGUUUAUGCCCAACUAAUCAUAAUAUUUUAGAGAGGUUGGCCAACAAUCAGUGUUUAGUUCUUUGGAGUCUAGCUUAGGAUUUAGCAGUUUGUGUACUUUUACCUUUACAGUUCCCCUUAAAAACUUUAUUUUUUGGCUUUUUUUUUUGCUAGUACAACCGCACAUGCGUGACGCUACAUUUUUUAAAAUUGUAACAUUGUCUAUUAACACAAAUCACACCUUGUAAUGAGGAGUGUUGUCAAUCACACUAAAACCUAAACUCUGCUUGGUUUGAUUUUAUUUAUUGUAAAAAUGUCACGCAACAAAGUUAAAUGUAGCGACAUACUACAGUAGUUAUUUACCUUCAAAGUCAGCCGAGGCAGUGUGCCACAGGCCAAUAAAAAACAAAAACAACAAUAACUUGGAAGUUCCUGGUCCAAGUUCUACACGGCCGCACACGACAUGGGUUUUUUGAAGUAAAAGAAACAUUGCAGUCCGAUGACUCGUUUCUUGAGGGCAUGGCUCUGUCACCAGCACAUGACGCCGUCUCUGAAUACCCGUGGUCUGAUCUCAUGAUAUGUUCUCUUACUGAAGAUACAAUGAAUCUCGAUAAGGCAGGAGUCAUCAGACUGUAAAAAAAUGUCUCAUGUGCCUGAUGAAAAAUACAGAGAUACUGGCCUUCAAAAUGUUUUUUGGAGCAGGUACACUUUGUAUUUUAUGUUGACCUACAGUUAAAAAAAAAAAGAAAAAGUUCAACUUGACUGCUUUUUAAUAGUUUUACACGAGCUGAGUCUCAAUGGACGCACUUCUGUACUGACAAGUGUGACAAAAUGCAGUGUGCCUGUCAGUAUGAGGGUGACAGUAUUUUGAUACCGGAAGUUGAUGCCAAAGAUGCCGUAUCAUUUCAAUACAGUCGUCCCUCGUUAAUUGGUUCCAGACCCGACCGCGAUAAAUGAUUCAAUGUUCAUAAAUUGAAUAUUUUCGUAGUUAGAGCAUAUAAAACCUGUUUAUGGCUUUCUAAAUAUGUUUUUAACAUUAUUAGAGCCCUGUAGACAUGAAAUAACAUCACUAUAGCAUCCUUUAUGCUUCUGUUAUUCAUUGUUUACACCAGAUUGCACAACUAUUAUUCUACAUGGACUCUAUCUAGUGAGCUAACCAGUUAGCCUCGAAUUUAUUUCUUCUAAACUUAAGACAGUAUAUAUUCUUAGUCAAUGAUUAAGUACCAUCGACACCAGCUACUUUAAGACUUGCACGUCUACUAAAGUAUUUUUCCUGGAAGGCACUUUUACUCAGGUAUGGCUUCUGGGUACUUCAUACAAGCAUCGGCAGUUUUUGAUCCAAUGCGGUGAACUCCACAUUCCUCCUGGUACUGCUGGUUCUCCAGGUCCUUGAACACCUGAGUUUGUUCAGACAUGAACAUGUGGAAGUCAGCCAGCGGGGAUGCAUACGUUGUCACUCUUCUCAUUAAAAAAAAAAAAAAGUCUCGCUGGCACUAGGCAGGUUUUCUGCUCCAACUACGGAAAUGAUUAACACUGAAUCCUGUAUUGCGACUUGAACCAAUUAACCGCGAUAAACGAGGGACGACUGUAUUCGAGUUGCGUCACGUAAUAAGUCGUAGAAGCUGCGCUACGCAAUGCAAUCAGUGUAAUAUGGUUGAUGAAAUAGGAUUUAUCUUAACUGAUAUUGGCAAUAUGAUUUUAAAAAUUAUUCUGUCCUUAAAAAUGAUUUCCAAUUUUCUCAUAAACGAGUCAAUAAAGUCCCUGCACCAGCCAGCAGAGGGCACCAGAAGCACACAGUGACAAAGGAAAGCAAAAUGCAAUAAACACAACCAAUUUAUUUUAUUGCAAGAAUAAAACCCACAAAACAGUAAAAUGUACAACUUUAAAUUACACAAGCUCUUAUAAAACAAAAUAAAGUAUCUUUCUAUAUUUACAUCAGCAGGGGUAACGACCAAAGACUCAGUAGUAUGUCUCCAACAAAAUAAGAAAGAAAGUUUUCCUCUGCUGUCCUUUUCAGCGCAGCAUGACUUAGACGGGUCCCAACCCUGAGCUUUCCCCGUUUUGCUUUUGUCAAUCUUGCAGUUAUUCUUUUCCCGGUGGCUACCGGAGCGGUCAAAUCAGGACCACCUUUACGUUGCAGAAGCUGCUUUUGUACUGCAUGGUUUCUUUUACAUUCACGUACACGACGGACUUACAUGCUCACUGUGCUUCAUUGCAUGGAUGAUCAAGAAAAUGAAGAAUACACGUCCAGGUUUGGUUUUCAGCAUCAACUAGCGUAUCGUCGGCAGGUAUACCAAAUCCUUUGACUGUCAGAAAGUGCUGACAUGGAGUCUAGUGCAAGUCUAAUGCUGCAAGGUACUGCGGUACGGCGGAGUUUUACGGCCACAUUGAAAAAAACUCCCCCUCAGAUUUCAAGAAUAAAGCCGUAAAUUUAGGGAAAAAAAGUAGCAAAUUUACAAGAAAUAAAGUCAUAAAAUUAUAAGAAAUAAAGUCUUAAAUUUACGAGAAAUAAAGCCGUAAAUUUAUGGGAAUAAAAAGUAGUACAUUUACGAGAAAAAAAUGUCAUAAUAUUACAAGAAAUAAAGUCGUAAAUUUGCAAAGAUGAAGUGGUACGUUUGCGAGACUAAAGUUGUAAAUUUAUUAGAAAUUUGAGAAAUAAAGUUGUAAAAUUACAAGAAAUAAUGCUGUAAAUUUAUGAGAGUAAAAAGGCGUAAAUGUACGAGAAAAAAAGUCGGGAAAAAUUACGACAAUAAAGUCGUACAUUUACAAGAAUAACGUGUGAUGGUGUCGUACGUGCCAGAGGGAAAAUAGAACCUAGGUCUUCAGGAAGGAAGGAAACGUUCCUCUUCCUUCAGGCAAGCUUUUAUUUAUAACGUGGCAGCAAAACAGCAGUUGAGCACAAACAGAUUAGCAUGGCUAGCCCUUUUCACUUCCACCUUCCUUACCCCGCCCUGCCCACAUGCCCAAGGCCAUAGGUCACAUAAGUCCCCCCUUUCAAUAGCUGUCUCAGGCAAUGCCUGUAACGUAGUUACUAUUUUUUUCUUGUACAUUUACGACUUUAUUCUCAAAAUCUCCAAUUAUUUUAAUACUCUGUCGCAACAGGCAUUGCCUGAGACAGCUAUGUAAAGCGGGGACUUAUGUGACCUAUGGCCUUGGGCAAAGGUAAUAUUAUGACUUUUUUUCUCAUAAAUGUACGACGUUAUUCUCAUAAAUGUAUGACCCUUUUUCUCGUAAAUUUGCAACUUAUUUUCUCGUAAAUGUACGACUUAUUUUUUCAUAAAUGUACGACUUAUUUUCUCGUAAAUUUACGACUUAUUUUCUCAUAAAUGUGGGAGGUUUUUUUUGUAGAUUUACAAUGUUAUUCUCGAAAUCUGAGUUUUUUUUUCCCAGUGUGGCCCUAACACUCUGUCGUACUGUGGUUCCCCCCCCCCAACUGGUUCAGAUGCCUUGCAUUGUCCCAGGAACAUCACCAUAGACUUGAUUUGUGAUGGAUGUCUAUGGAAUAAUAAUAAUAAUAAUAUUAAUAAUAAUGAUAAUAUGGCAUUCUAUUGAGUGAUCAGUGAUCAAAGAAUGCCUGACUGGACUAAUUUUACUUUGAACUGUAAACUCUUUACCCACCAAUUUCGCACAAUGGCAACAUUACCAAAAUAUUUCAGAGGUAAUUAAAAAUAAAAAUAAAAUAAAAUCGAUACGAGUAUAUGCGUUCUGUCUGAAGUGUGUGAAGCUGCAUCGGCACGAGACGUCUGGAUGUACCCGUAAACUGGCUUUAAAAUAAGAUCAGUUCCAAGGAAAUUAACUUUAAAAAACCUUUUUUAUUACAGAUUAUUGUGCCUGUUGUGAGACAAUUCAAACUUGGAAUAGGCUGGUGCUUGUGUGUCUCACCCAACAUGACAGUGUAGAAUACUUCAUAUCAUCCACGGGGUCUUGAACGAAUCUUCUGAAUGCCUUAUAUUAGAUAUUCAUAUAUAUUGUUUUCAAAGCUAUAACUUGCUGCUUCUCUACACUGAUAUGGUACUGAUAGCCUUUUGAUAGCUACUUAAAACAACAACAACUGUAGUUUAGGCACACCUGGCGGUAAGGAGGAGUGGAACAAAUGUAUCUUCCUCAGAAAGUGAAUGUUUGUUUACAAGCGAGCUCUGUGGAAGUUACAACAGGCCGUUACCGCCAAAGGCAGGAGACAAAAGGAGCACUUGAUUUGCUCAGCUGCACGUUACGGGUAAUCUCGCCUCAUUGGACCGUUUUUUUUUUUUAAAGUGGAGCUAUUUUUAAUUUUAUCGGAUUUAUCGGUAUGAUGCCGUAAUUCCUGCAUAUUGGCCUCGUGCACCCCACCUUGUAUACAGUAGUUACUGUAUUUUAGGUCAUUCUUAUGCUAGAAAAUGCUGAAUUGAGGCAAAAAAUGCACAAAAUUAGCUUUAACAUGUUUUUGUUUGUUUUACUAAUAGUAGGCCGUAUUCAACCAUGAAACAGCAGAACUUAUUCAUAUAUCUUUGAAAAACCGCGAUAAAGUGAAGUCUUCCAUUUGAGACACAGACUUAGGGUUCGUCUGUGUUGUGAUAACCCAACUCUACCAGCAGGCGGCAGCACCGCCACAUGAAUAGGACAGCCCCGUUUAAAACCCAUUAUGUCCCAAACGGGUGCAAACAUGGAUUGUUUGUCCUUCCCUUUGCUUCCCCCAAGACUUCAGAGGCAGGUCAGAUACAAGACAAGACACGUUUCCACCUCUGAGAUCAUAAAUUAACAUUUCCUGCUUUCAAAUGAAAAUCUUUUGACAUGAAAUGAGUAAGGUAAGAAGAGCUUGUCUUUCAUUUACAAGGGACUAUGCUAAACGGGGAACCGGCUUUCGCUGUACUCAAAGCGCUUUGACGCCGCCACCAGUCAUCAGAAGCGACUGCGGGGAGGAGGGACCACUCGCCAACCGGCUAAAUCCCGUCUUUUUCCCUAAGUUUUACUCCUUUUCAAUCUGUCAGGAGCACCAGUUCUCCCUCACUUCUUUCCCCUCCGUCGCUUUCCUCCCCUUCGCUGUACGGCGCCUGAUCUUGCCGGCUUUCCUUCUGUCUCACCCCGGGUAGAGAGGUGGGCGUGACCCGGCCCUCGACUCGAUGCGACGUGGGCGGGGCCUGUGGCAGGUAAUGCUCCAGUAAGGAGGAGUGGAAGGACAUGGCCGCCACGGACACCGAAGAGCCUGCACCGCCCGGGUACAGGGCGUCGCUGUGCGAGUAGUGGAUGGACUGUGGUUCUGUUGGACUGAACAGCAACAUUUCCCAUUAGAGUAAUGCUUAUUUGGUACAUUUACAUGCAGUGCAGACAUCAGCUAAGAGCAGCUCCUUAAUCUGAUCUGGUCGUGUUGCACGCUUUAAAUCAGGGGUGUCCAAAGUCCGGCCAAAGUGCCAUUUGGGGUCCGCAGCUGUUUUUUUAUUGGCCCGUGGCACAGUCGAAAAAUGUAAUGUAACAAGAAAUCUACACAAAACAAACAAAAAAAACCAGCAAAAUUGGAAAAGUCAUUAGUAAUUUUACAAGAAUAAAGUAAAAAUAUCAAGAAAAAAAGUUGUAAUUUGACGAGAAUAAGUCGCAAUUUUAGGAAAAUAACGUGAGAAUAUUAUGAGGAAAAAUAACAUCAUUACAGUAGCAUCAAGUUCAAAUGUUAAAAAAGUAGUAUUAUGAAAAACAAAACAAUAAAGUUGUACAUUUUGGGAAAUUGGGAAAAAUGUAUAAUGUUACCACAAUAACGUCAAAACAUUGUGGGAACAAAAUCAUAUUUACGAGAAGAAAGUUGAAGGAGUUGGAAACUACAAAAAAAACAGCUGUAAUUUUAGACAAUUUUGACUGAUCUUUCAAGGCGCAUAGAAUAUUGUGUUCUGUGGUUACAGAAACAUGGAACCGACCAAAGGAAACAUUACACUCCCCUCUUUCAUCACAAAGUUUGUUUCUACUUUUUCUGUUCUCUGGUAAUCAGCAGUAGAACAUAGCUAAGUUUCAGGAAAAUAUCAGUUCCCGACUAAAAAAGGGAGAAAACCAGCUUUUUGUGAAAAGACACAUUUCAAGCAUAACUUUCACUUUGACACCAAUAUUUUCCUUUUGUGACAGCUCAAAUAUCUAAACAACUACACCACAACGUAAACAACACAAAAAAGGGUUGUUUUACAUUAAAAUAACUAUUUAUUUACAAAUUAUAACACCAUGAACUAUUUACAAUUUUCACAUUUGGAGCUAAACUGUGUGCGUGCAUGUGUGCACGCGUUAAAAUUUCCCUACAGUGCAUAACCUUCUGCACGCUACACUGCUCCACGCUCUUUCACUUCCUCCUUGCUGCCGAGUGUGUUUGUGCAUGCAAAUGAUCCAUGCCGAGCUCUUAUCAAAUGCACUUCUGUCACCCUGAGGCCGUUUUCAUGGCUUACACCUGCUCUAAAAGUGACAUCUAUUAGUGCGCACUUGCGCCAUCACGUCCUCUUGCGCAGAAAAAACAUAAAAGAUGUACAAAUAUGUCUGGGAUCGGGCGUUCAGGUUUAUAAAAACGUAUAAAUACGUCUGGUAUUGAAUGAGUUUAAGAAAAAAAUAUUUUUUCAAAGUUGUAAUAUUAUGAAAAACAAACAAAACAGCAAAAUAAAGUUGUAAUUUUUGGAAAAUUAGGUUGCGGAAAUUUUUAAUAAGCGAAUUAAGUCAAAAUAUUAUGGGAAUAAAGUCAUAAUAUUACAAGAAUGAAAUUUAAUGAGAUUACUUAAGAAGAAAGCUGAAGUAUUUGGAAAAUGUAAAAAAAAAAACCCCAGCAAAAACGCGUGAAAAAAAAGAGCAAAGUUCAUACUAACAGGCUUCUUCCACCGCCAUCACAAAGGUGAGAUGCAGGGUUUUUUGAAGUAUAUAAUGUAUAACGUCUUAGUAUAUUUACAUUGUUGCUUUACAGCCGUUCAUUUCCAAGUAUGCGGGCCUUGAUGGAAAAAGUUUGGACACCCCUUUUGGACAUUAAAAAUGUUAAAACUAAUCUACCGUAGGCAGCUUUUUGGCCCUUGACCGUCAACGCAGGUUUUGCAAGCUUGGCAAAGUGAAAGCGUUGUGGGAAAGACGUGGGUUCCAAUAUUCAGUUCACAUCGCAACAGGCCGAAAUGAUUUUUAUGCUCCUAUUCUGGAACAAGACGUGAAGCACGUGGAGUAUUUCUACCUCCGUGUGUAGGUCGCCCUCUGCUCCUGUCGGCGACUCUUCAUCAUGGCUUUGUAUUCGCCCACCCUCAGCCUGCGGCCCUCCACGAUGCACGUGCGUUUGGGCCGAGGUUUGUACUUGUAGUCGGGGUAGCGCUCAAGAUGCUGCCUGCUCAGCCUGGCUUGUUCUUCGUAGUAAGGCUGCUUCUCCUGGUUGGACAUGGACUUCCACCUGGAACCUAAAAGCAAAGACACGUUUCCAAAAUGAGGAGGCGAGUCAGUGGCGGUGACGUAAACUGAAUGUUUUUCCGAUGUCUGCUUGUCAGUGGAGACCAUGUAAAACUGAAAUUCCCUUCCCGGACGAGCUUACGCUCGACAAAAUGCUAUAGUUGGCAUGCUAACUGUUAGCAUGCGUACACCUGGCUGGCAGGACAGCGCUAAGUAUCGAUGCAAGUUCAAUGAAAAUAUGUAAAAAGCUAACAUGGUAACUAUUAGCAUGCUAGCAAUGCUACCACCCGCAGCACAGUUGAAAUGUAGAAUUUAACAAGAACACACAAAAAAAAAAACAACUGCAAAAAUGGAAAAAUCAGCAGUAAUUUUACAAGAAUAAAGUCUAAAUAUUAACAGAAAAAA